AUGCAGGAAGCAGACCUGACAAAUCAUAGUAAACCUUCAAGCCGCCGCCGCCGCUGCAGCCGCCGUCGCCGCUGCAGCCGCCGCCGCCGCUGCAGCCGCUGCCGCCUCUCUGACGGCUUCGACAGCUUUGCCACCUAUUUCGGAAGGGUGCUGCAGCGGGUCCAGGAGGGCCUGAGCCUCUCGCAGGAGGCCGUGAACGUCAUGGAUUCGUUCGUGAAGGACAUCUUUGAGCGAAUCGCCGACGAGGCGGCGCGCCUGGUCCGCUCCAGCAAGCGCUCCACCCUCACCUCCAGAGACAUGCAGACCUCCGUGCGCCUGCUGCUGCCUGGGAAGAGGGGCAAGCACGCCAUAUCCAGCGCCACCAAGGCAGUCAUUCGGUACAUAACCGGCAAAUGAGCUGCCUCCGGACCACCUGAGCAUCGCAGACCAAAGGAUCUUUUCAGAGCCUCCUCAGUUUUCUUAAUAAGAACUGUAUUCUGAUAAACUUUGAUCGACUUUAUUUUUUAAAGUGUGUCAUC